AUGAAGCUGUUCACUUGUGUAUGGAAACCAGUUAAGCAAGAACCAAAGGCCUUGCUCUUCUUGUGCCAUUGCUAUGCUAUGGAGUCCAGCAUCACCAUGAACAGCGCAGCGACGAGGCUGGCCAAGACCGGUUUUGCGUUCUAUGGAAUGGACUAUGAAGGACACGGAAAAUCAGAGGGUUUAAGUGGUUACAUCAGUAACUUUGAUGAUCUUGUUGCUGAUCUUCUCUUUGGUUCGAUCGAAGCUAAUUCUCAUUUGAGCCACUCUUCUUACGUUCAGCUCGCGACGAUUGGUUUAAAUGGACGGCCUUCGAAUCGCACCGUCGUAUUCAGGGGAUUUGAAGAGAACAGCGAUAUGAUUCGAAUCAACACCGAUCUUCGUAGUCGAAAGAUUGAAGAGCUUAAGCAUUGUCCGUUUUCCGAGAUAUGUUUGUAUUUCAGGAUUCGUGGGAGCGAUUUCGGAUCAGUGGAAGAAUUGAUGUCAUUGAUGCCUCGAAUCCCUGACCAGACCAAGCUUCAGAGAGAAAGCUUGGUUUGCUAA